AUGGUUAUGGUCAAAAAUCAUCAACAGGAAAUGGAGGAGGUCCUUGUUAAAACCCGGGCGUUUGACAGAGCAAAAGAACUGUUAGAGAAAAAUAGACAUGUAGUGAUUAUCGGUGUACCUGGAGCUGGGAAGACAACAUUAGCCAUGUGCUUGUUGAUGAUUUCAAUGGAUGAAGGGAAACGACCUCUUCAAGUUUUUAAAAUGUCUGAACUCUACGGACGGGUUUCGCCGUUUGACAACUUGGCGAUAUUCAUUGAUAAUGCAUUCGGGGAAUCAUCGUUUUCUUUAAACGACUUCAAUGAUUUUUCAAAUAAGAAAAAAGUUAUAGAAUCGCUUGUUUACCCAUGCAACAGUGGAUUGGGAAAUAUACUGAUUUUGACAGUCAGAAACGAUAUCUAUUUGGAAAUUGCCGCUAAACAGAAGAAUUCCGAUUUGCUGCUUUCAUCCGUGAUUGAUUUAUCAACUGGUGAAUAUGCUUUAGAAUAUAAAGAGCUCGUUAUGUUUCUAAACAAGUAUAAACUUCCAGGCAAUAUCAAAGAGGACUUGAAAUUCAGACAGACCGGGUUAUAUUUACCCUUGGGAUUUCCACAGUGCUGUAGACUAGCACAUACGAAUACUGAUUUCGGAAAGGAUCUUUCAAAUUUUCUUCGUAGUCCUUCUUGUUUCCUAAAAGAUUACUUUCAAACCCUGAUGAGAGAAAGAGCUGUUAAAAUGGCAGUGCUGAUAUACUUUCUGUUUAAAGGUGGAAGUGUGCAGUCCUCGCUGUUCUCUGUUCAGAAAGAUCGGGAAAUGAAAUCCAUUGCAUUAAAAAUGCUUGAAUUAGAUAUCAAAUCCACAGAUGGCGACACGGUAUUGCAUUAUGCAUCAAGAAUUGGUGAAUUCAGUAUAAGCAGGUACCUGGUAGCUAAAUAUCCAAAGUUAAUUAACGUCAAAAACAAUCAAGGGUACACAGUGCUACAUUCUGGUUUUGUUUGUGGAGACAGGGAACUAGUUUCAUUUCUGAUAGAAAAAGGUUUGGAUAUUAAUGCACUGACAAAUGAAGGGGAAAGUGUUCUUCAUAUUGCAUGUCGUAAUGGUAAAUAUGAUGCAUGUGAAUUCAUUGUCAUAAAUUAUCCAAAGUUAAUUGACGUCAAAGACAAUGAUGGGUACACAGCAUUGCAUUCUGCUUGUGUCAAUGGAGACAGAAAAUUGAUUUCAUUUCUGAUACAAAAAGGUUUGAAUAUCAGUGCACUAACAAAUGAUGGAGAAUCUGUCCUUGAUAUUGCGUGCCUUAAUGGUAGGUAUGAUGCAUGUGAAUUUUUAAUCACUCAUUUUCCACAGUUAAUUGACGUCAGAAACAAUAGCGGAUACAAAGCAUUGAACUCUGCCUGCGUAAAUGGAGACAGAAAAUUGAUUUCUUUUCUGAUAGAAAAAGGUUCGGAUGUUAAUUCAAUGACAAAUUCUGGGGAAAGUGUCCUUCAUAUUACAUGUCUAAAUGGUAAGUAUGAUGCAUGUGAGUUCCUUGCCUCAAAUUAUCCACAUUUAAUUGGACUCAAAGACAAUAAAGGAUACACAGCAUUGCACUUUGCAUGCGUAAAUGGAGACAAAAAAUUGAUUUCUUUUCUGAUUACAAACGGCGUGGAAAUUAAUGCAAAGACAAAUGAAGGGGAAAGUGUCCUUCAUGUUGCAUGUCGUAAUGGUAAGUAUGAUGCAUGUGAAUUCAUUGUCAUCAAUUAUCCAAAGUUAAUUGACGUCAAAGACAAUGAUGGAUACACAGCAUUGCAUUCUGCUUGUGUAAAUGGAGACAGAAAAUUGAUUUCAUUUCUGAUACAAAAAGGUUUGAAUAUUGGUGCACUAACAAAUGAUGGAGAAUCUGUCCUUCAUAUUGCAUGUCGCAAGGGAAAGUAUGAUGCCUGUGAAUUCCUUGCUACAGGUUUUUCACAAUUAAUGGACAUCAAAGACAAUAAAGGGAACACAACAUUACACUUCGCAUGUAUAAAUGGGAAUAGACGAUUGAUUUCAUUUCUGAUAGAAAAGGGUUUUGCUAUUGAUUCACUAACAAAUGAUGGAGAAAAUAUCUUUCAUGUUGCAUGUCGCAAGGACAGUAAUGGGUACACAGCAUUGCACUUUGCAUGCGUAUAUGGAGACAGACAGUUGAUUUCAUUUCUGAUAGAAAAAGGUUUUGACAUUAAUGCGAAGACAAAUGAUGGAGAAAGUGUCUUUCAUGUUGCAUGUCGUAAAGCACAAGGUUUAGAUAUCAAUGCACAGUCAGGUGAUGGGGAAAAUGCCCUUCAUAUUGCAUGUUUCUAUGGCAAUACUGACUUGUGCAAAUUCAUUGUUGAUAUUAACCCACAGUUACUUCAUGCAAAAGAACAUUCUGGUAGUACUGUGUUACAUGCCGCAGCAUUAAGUGGAAAUCUAGAACUAUUUCAGUAUUUGGUCAAUGCAGGUUUGGAUGUGCAUUGUAUGACAGAGGACGGCAGGUGUCUGUUUGACAAGGCAUCCAACCGACAUCCAAGGCAUCCUCAAGUUAUUAGAUUAGCGGCUAGUCGUUAUCCUACAGGUGGUUGGUAA